CGACCAAGAGCUGAAGCCGAGAACGAUGCCUGCGCUAAAGUUCGUGCGAUCCGUCUGGGAGUCUUUCCGAGCAUCCUCUGGCUUAGAGCCGAGGCUAUUAGAUGCUCUCCGCGUAACUCACGCUGCCCCCGGCCGCGUCAAGUUCGAACUCGAUAUCAAAAAAGAGCACACAAACCGCCUCAACAUUCUCCAUGGCGGAACAAUUGCCAGCAUGGUCGACCUUGGCGGCUCCCUAGCCGUAGCAUCUCGUGGCCUCUUUGCAACUGGCGUAUCCACUGACCUCUCCGUAACCUACCUCUCCUCAGGUGGCAAAAUCGGCGACCUCAUCAAAGCCGAGGUAACGUGCGACAAAUUCGGCAAAACCAUGGCCUUCACUUCAAUCCGAUUUAUGACGAGCAAGGACGAAAUGUUUGCACGGGGAAGCCAUACCAAGUACAUCGCGCAAGCAUGGAAAGAUCCUCACAAUAUCGUUGAUGAGCUCACACCGAAGAGCGAGAAGAAAGAGUAAGCUUUUGGCGGCGCCGAAUUGCGGGUUUGGUACAGAUACACAAAGGAAGGGCACAGGACGACCAUCAUCGAAAUAUCCUUAUUAAUCUAUUACUAUCCUGCAGACAGACUGUUCAGACACAGUCUCUCCGUCCAUCCGCACGCACGCACGCAAUGGUAACCUAGCAAUCCACCAAGUUCUGACGGUAAGAGCUAACUUGGCGGACGGGUCGAAACCCGAUGCGUAUCGCUCGACGAGACAGCCAGGGCGGCAGGACCCAGGGCAGUCCGUAGAUGCGGAGGAAAAUUACGACGCCCUCCCUAGGUAAGAGA